CGCUGGGCAAAAAAAUUAUGAUGAAAAUGGAGCCCGCCAUUGUUACCUUAUUAUUAUAUAGUUAUUGCGUCCACACUACACGUUGUAGACCCAUCAACUUCUGAAAAAAAAAAGUAUACAUAUUUGAAUUGAGGUCAUUUCCUUUCUCGUUCAGUCUCACCCUGCCACAACACUACACUAGCAAGCACACACCUUUAGCACAAUCACCAAUGGCUUCUUCCGACAGCAAGCUUCCCCUGAAACCCAUCCCUGGAAGCUACGGGCUUCCUUUCUUUGGACCCAUGAGUGACAGACAUGACUAUUUCUACAACCAAGGACGCGACAAGUUCUUUGCCGAACGAAUUAAAAAGUACAACUCUACGGUUAUACGAACCAACAUGCCACCGGGUCCUUUCAUUUCCUCUAAUCCUAGAGUCAUCGCUCUCCUCGACGGUGUCUCCUUCCCCAUUCUAUUCGACAACUCCAAGGUCGAUAAGCGCGAUGUUCUCGACGGCACCUUCAUGCCUUCCACCUCCUUCACCGGCGGUUACCGCGCGUGUGCCUUCCAGGACACCACCGAACCCUCCCACGCGCUCCUCAAGCGCUUCUACCUUAACUUCCUCGCCUCCAAGCACGAAACCUUCCUCCCACUCUUCCGCAACAACCUCUCCGACCACUUCUCUGAUCUGGAAGACAAGCUGGCCGGCAAAUCCGGCAAGGCCAGCUUCAACUCCUCCGUCGGCUCCGCCACCUUCAACUUCCUCUUCCGUCUCCUCUCCGACAAAGACCCCUCCGAAACCAUAAUCGGCUCCGACGGCCCCAGCCUGGUCCAAACCUGGCUGGCAGCUCAGCUGGCUCCUCUGGCCACUCUAGGCUUACCCAGGAUCUUCAACUACGUGGAGGAUUUCUUAAUCAGGUCAAUCCCCUUUCCAGCAUGGACUGUCAAAUCCAGCUACAAGAAACUCUACGAAGGUCUCUCGACAGCAGGUACUGCGAUUCUGGACGAAGCGGAGCGCGUGGGGAUAAAGAGGGACGAAGCGUGCCACAAUCUUGUGUUCAUGUUAUCGUUCAACGCGCAGGGUGGGUUAGUGAACCAGUUUCCGAUUUUGAUCAAGUGGCUAGGACUGGCUGGGGAGGGUUUACACAAGCAGCUCGCGGAGGAGAUCAGGACCGUUGUUAAGGACGAAGGAGGGGUGAGUCUCCGGGCGUUGGAUCAGAUGACUUUGACCAAAUCAGUGGUGUAUGAGGUCCUGAGGAUAGAGCCCGCGGUGCCGUUCCAGUACGCGAAGGCCAGGGAGGAUCUGGUGGUGGAGAGCCACGAUGCGGCGUACGAGAUCAAGAAGGGAGAGAUGAUCUUCGGAUAUCAGCCGUUCGCUACCAAGGAUCCGAAGAUCUUCGAGAACGCCGAGGACUUUGUGGCCCACAGGUUCCUUGGCCACGACGGGGAAAAGCUCUUGAGACACGUCUUGUGGUCCAACGGACCCCAGACGGAGGAGCCCACACCGGAUGAUAAACAGUGUCCCGCCAAGAAUCUGGUGGUGCUCAUGUGCAGGCUCUACUUGGUGGAAUUCUUCCUGCGUUACGACACGUUUACGUUCGAUUUUAAACCAGUUGUUCUGGGUCCCGAUGUUACCAUCAAGUCACUCGCCAAGGCUUCUUCCUUCUGAUCCUCCUCAUCACCUACUCUACCUCAAACUUAAAAUCAAUCUUCUUUUUAAUGUGUAUUAGUUAAUUAAUAAUUAAAUAAAACAAAGUAAAUAUAUAUAUUAAAAGUAGGAUGUGCACUGGACAGCACAGCAGUACUCAUGAAUUGCCGCUUGUUGCAUUUUGUGAGAGAGGUGUGUACAUUAUUUGCUACCUGUAACUUUUGCAGAGUGCUCUCUAUAUAUAUAAUGUUAAAGUUUUACUUGUUUUGGUUGGCUUUGGCAAUCAACUUGUCUUUUUUAAUCAAUGUAUUGAAUUUGAUUUGUUUUUUGUUUUUGUUUUGAAUAAAACAUGUGUA